CUUCAAUUUUCCAACCAUUCAAGUAAUUAAUGAAAAAUUCAAGAUCCAAAGACAACUUGCUCGCGCAGGCAGCCAUGCCCAGCGUCCUUGCGUCCACAUGCUUCAACACCUCGAACAACAGAUUCUCGUCUAAAUUCACAGACCCAGUUUCUUCACCUCGAACACGGGGGAGUAGCAGUGCCACGAGUGCGUCCCAGUUUCUUCACAAACCCAGUUUCUUAAACCCAGAAUCUCGUGCGAGGCUGCUGAAAUGCCAGAUCUGGCCUUUUCCAGCACCCUCUUCGACCCAAUAUUCUCCACAUCCACCAGCGCCCCAAGCUCCUCAAACCCACCAAACUCUGGGUUUUUCCCAAACCCAGAUUUGGCAUUUCAGCAGCCUCGCACCAGAUUCUGGGUAUGUUGUUCUAGGUCGAGAGAGUGAGAUUGAGUUGAGAAAUCCAACUCGUAAACGAUCAAGGAGGAAUCAAAAACCGAUUACCUCAGAGAUGGAAACCAGAAUCUGGAAAGGGAAGAGAAGUCGAAAGAGAUGGAGAAGGAGAAGAAAUGUUGGGGAAGAGUGAAGAGGAAGGGGAGAAUAAGGAAGAAGAAGGUUAAUUUUGAAAAUGAUUUUAAUUAAUUAAUAAUAAAUUAUUUUUAUUUAU